AUGGCUAAUUUUAGGAUUACAGGGGAAAAAAUUUUUUGCAGCUCGUGUAUGAGACGAGCCGAGCCGAAUUUAUGUAAUUGCCUACAUUUGCCAAUAAAUCGGCAACUCGUGCAGCUGUCGAGACUAGCCGACACCGAACGACAUGCAGCCGAUGCAGCCGAGAUCGGCCGAAGUGGAGACGAGGUAAGCGGAACCGGCCGAGCCGAGCUUUAG